GGCGGACCAGCACAGUCGUAGCCAGUAUCGUCAGACCAGACAUAGGAUACAGACAACAACAGUGACAGAUCAAGACCGCAUUUCUGUUUGCAACCAGCUAUGGGUGUAGUCUGAAAAGUGGAUACAGUAGCGCACCGCAAUAUACCUCGAAGUUUUAUCCUCAUGAAGGAGCUCCGUCCUGGCUGAGUUUGGGAGAUGGGAGUACUCAACAUUGCAGACCAGCCUCCUCUGGUCCAGGCCAUCUUCAAUCGUAAUGCUGAAGAACUUCAACUAUUAUUGCACAAAAAGGAGGAUGUCAAUGCACUGGACCAAGAGCGCCGUACGCCACUUCAUGCUGCUGCCUGUGUGGGUGACGUCCAUAUUAUGGACCUCCUCAUUGAAUCAGGUGCCAGUGUAAAUGCUAAAGACCAUGUAUGGUUGACCCCAUUGCACAGGGCGGCUGCUUCCAGAAAUGAAAGGGCAGUGGGUCUGCUGCUGAGGCGCGGAGCAGAGGCAAAUGCACGAGACAAGUUCUGGCAGACUCCACUGCAUGUGGCUGCUGCCAACCGUGCCACACGCUGCGCAGAGGCCCUGCUAACCCAACUGAGCAACCUGAACAUGGCAGAUCGCACAGGCAGAACUGCUUUGCACCAUGCAGCUCAGAGUGGGUUCCAGGAGAUGGUGAAGCUGUUGCUGAACAAAGGGGCCAACCUGAGUGCCAUCGACAAGAAGGAGAGACAGCCUAUUCAUUGUGCUGCUUACUUGGGGCAUGUGGAGAUUGUGAAGUUGCUGGUGUCCCGCAGUGCCGACAAGAGCUGCAAGGAUAAGCAGGGCUACACACCUCUCCAUGCUGCUGCUGCAAGUGGUCACAUCGAAAUUGUAAAGUACCUACUGAGGAUGGGGGCAGAGAUUGAUGAGCCCAAUGGCUUUGGAAACACUGCGCUCCAUGUGGCUUGCUACAUGGGGCAGGAGGCUGUGGCUACAGAGCUGGUGAACCAUGGAGCUAAUGUGAACCAGCCCAACAAGUGCGGCUACACCCCUCUGCACCUGGCUGCCGUCUCCACCAACGGUGCCCUCUGUCUGGAGUUGCUGGUCAACAAUGGGGCAGAUGUCAACCAGCAGAGCAAAGAAGGGAAGAGCCCCCUGCACAUGGCAGCCAUUCAUGGACGCUUCACACGCUCUCAGAUCCUCAUCCAAAACGGUGGGGAAAUUGAUUGUGUGGAUAAGUAUGGCAAUACUCCUCUCCACGUUGCUGCUAAGUAUGGCCAUGAACUGCUGAUCAGCACUCUAAUGACCAACGGAGCAGACACAGCCAGACGUGGGAUCCAUGGCAUGUUCCCCUUGCACUUAGCUGUGCUGUACGGGUUUUCAGACUGUUGUCGCAAGUUACUCUCCUCAGGUCAGCUGUAUAGUAUAGUUUCAUCUAUGAGUAAGGAGCAUGUACUAUCAGCUGGGUUUGACAUAAACACCCCUGACAACUUUGGGAGGACCUGUCUACACGCUGCUGCCUCUGGAGGAAAUGUUGAAUGUCUGAACUUGCUCCUAAGUAGCGGUACUGACUUAAACAAGAGGGACAUAAUGGGAAGGACACCGUUGCACUAUGCGGCUGCUAAUGGGAGGUACCAGUGCACUGUGACCCUGGUGAGCGCUGGCGCUGAGGUCAACGAGCCUGACCAGACAGGCUGUACUCCCCUGCACUACUCUGCCGCCUCCCAAGCCUUCAGCAGAGUUGAUCGUCAUUUUUCUGGGAACCAUCAGAAUGAUGAAGACGAGGCGAAGGAGUCAUACUUCUGCUUGGAGCAUCUCUUGGACAAUGGUGCUGAUCCAUCGAUGGUCAACUCAAAGGGUUACAGUGCUGUUCACUAUGCAGCUUACCAUGGCAACAAACAAAACCUGGAGCUGCUCCUGGAGAUGUCCUUUAAUGCACUAGGAGACAUAGAGAGCAGUAUUCCAGUCAGUCCGCUGCAUCUCGCUGCUGAUAAGGGCCAUUGGCAGGCACUGCGUGUGCUGACUGAGACUGCAGCCUAUGUGGACAUGCAGGAUGCUGCAGGCCGUUCUGUGCUCUACUUGGCUGCCCAGAAAGGCUACGCCCGCUGUGUUGAGGUGCUCUUGGCUCAGGGGGCGUCCUGUCUCCUCAAUGACAACCGCCUCAUGUGGACUCCAAUUCAUGUUGCAGCUUCCAAUGGUCACUCUGACUGCCUGCGCAUGAUGAUUGAUUACGGGGAGGAGGGGGAUCUCACCAAUGUUGCGGACAAAUUUGGCCAGACCCCUCUGAUGCUAGCUGUUCUCGGAGGUCACACUGACUGUGUCCACUUCCUGUUGGAGAAGGGUGCCUUGCCAGAUGCCAAGGACAAGAGGGGAAGCACAGCUUUGCACAGAGGGGCGGUGUUGGGCCAUGAUGACUGUGUGACAGUCCUGCUGGAGCACAAAGCUUCUGCACUGUGUCGGGACACCCAGGGUAGGACACCGCUGCACUACGCUGCAUCCAGAGGCCACACAGAGAUCCUGGCCAGUCUGGUGCAGGCCGCCAUGGCAACAGACCCACAAGAUAAACUGCUGGACAACAAACAAUACACCCCAUUACACUGGGCUGCUUACAAAGGGCAUGAAGACUGUUUGGAGGUUUUACUUGAAUUUAAAACAUUUAUCCAUCAAGAGGGAAACCCUUUCACCCCCCUGCACUGUGCUCUGAUGAAUGGCCAUAGCGGUGCUGCAGAGAGGCUGCUGGAAUCUGCUGGGGUCCACAUGAUUAACACCAGAGAUGCCAAAGGAAGGACCCCACUGCAUGCUGCUGCAUUUGCUGAGGAUGUUGCAGGACUUCAGCUGGUGCUUCGCCAUGGGGCAGAGAUCAAUGCAGUGGACAAAAGUGGGCGCUCUGCUCUGAUGGUAGCUGCUGACAAGGGACACAGUGGCACCGUGGCCAUCCUCCUUCACCGGGCCAAGGCUGACCUGACACUGCUGGAUGAGAACAGGAACACUGCCCUGCACCUGGCCUGCAGCAAGGCUCAUGAGAUGUGUGCCCUGCUGAUUCUGGGAGAGAUCCACAGUCCGACACUCAUAAACGCCACCAACAGUGCUCUGCAAAUGCCCCUCCAUCUUGCAGCACGUAAUGGCCUGGCUACGGUGGUGCAGGCACUGCUGAGUAGAGGAGCCACUGUGCUGGCUGUGGAUGAGGAAGGCCACACCCCAGCUUUGGCCUGUGCUCCCAACAAGGACGUGGCUGACUGCCUGGCUCUGAUCCUCUCUACCAUGAAGCCUUUCCCCCAGCGGGACCCUUCCUCCUGCUCCUGCUCCUCUCCCACUGUCUCCCCCUCCCCGGGUCUCAACUUGCUGAAGCACUGCGGCAUCACCGCCGCCUGCGCCCCCCUGCCCAGCAACGGCCUCCACAACGGCUACGUCAAGGACCGUCACGGUGCACCGGUUGGCCUGGACGGGUGUCUGUCUGAGUGAGGUCACGUGCCCCUGCCCCCCCCUCAGUCAGCUGCUAUCACCAUCAUCACCACCAGGGGGCGACUCCCUUUAACAUGGCCCAGAGGACCAGGAGAGCACCCACCCACAUGUCUGUUCUCUGUGUAUGUAUGUGUUUGUGCGUCUGUGUGUGCGUGAGUGUUUGGUCUUCUCUUGAGGUGCAGUCAAACCUAAUAUGCAAUUAGAUCCCAUUCCUCCAUCUCCUAGUAGUGCUUAAUACGUAGAGGCAGAUUGCUCUACAAGGUCACUCAGAUGAAGUGUGGCAUCCAAAACAAACACUAGCAAUCUGGCCAUCUCUAAAUCAUUUAACCCUUUAAAACCAUGUUGACAUAAUUAUAUAACCAACAUCUAAGAGCAUGGAAAUCUCUGUAUCCUCGACUGUCUUUCUCUCUCUUCAUAUCAUUCAGUAUAAAAGUCAUAUCAUGUUUAAUCAGUUGUGGUGACCUUGUAGAGGAACGAACAGCCUUCCCAAAAGAAUGAUCAAAGAGUUUCUUUGUUUGUUUUUUGGUGAUUUAUUAUUUUCUUUUUUUCUUUUUUUUCUUUUUUUUUUUUUGUUUUUAAUUGUCCGUUAGCCUAGAUUUUUAUGAAGGAACCACACAAGGGAAAAAUCUAAAUUUUGCUUAAGAGUGCAAUGCUUGUGUACUACAGUACAAUCUGAAAUUUGGAAAAGGGUCACAAAGAUGUUAAUUCCAUAGUGUACUUUAAACGUACAGCCUAGAUUUGUUUGGCAUUUUAAGAUAAUUUGGUAAUGCUGCUGAAUACAUUAGCAUGUCUCCUUCCAAAGGAGAGCCAUGUUCGGGGUCAGCGUUGUAACAUCACCUUGUUCUUGAUGCUGACUUCAUGUUUUAAAGAUGCUAAAUAAGUGUUUGUUAAGCUAGAAUGUUUCUAAGCAUAUAAGUUAUGACCAAAGUUGAUCAACACUACUAUGGCUAUAAAUUAUUUAUUUGAGAUGAUCUGUACUGUAUAGAGAAAGACAAUAGAUCUUGAUAUACCUCGUCAACUCGUUUAGCAGCUGCUUCAUCUUCACCCAGGGUCCGUAGGCCUAAUGUUCUCUUUUUGUAGGACUAGAGAACUACUGUAGGAUAGUGACUGACUGAGGCCUUGUUUAUUUCUAGAUGAAGGCUUUACUAGUAAUAUCUGCCAACAACACCUCAUCAAAGCAUCAUAUAUCUGAGCACAUAAAUGAACAAGCCAUUUCAAUUUAUUUCCCAUCUCUUUAACAGUGUUUUUUUUGGAAAAGAUUACAGAAUUCGAAUGGCCUAAUUAUUGAAAGAGAGCAAUCAGUUUUGGUUUUUAGGCACUAAUGAUGUUUUUUUCCUUCUUUUGUUGUGUUUCUGAAGUUGAACUGGCCAUCAGCAUCGUCGUUUAACAAGCUCUCACUAAAAUGAGUAUUUCUCGGAGCUGGUGAACUAGUCUUAAACAUCUAAUAGCUUAUAUUUCAAGUUCUCGGUGGUCAACUCUGAUCAAUUAUUACAACUGAAAGAUAAGAGUAUUGUCUGCUAUUUUUAUUGGGCAGUUUUCAAGCAAUAUUUUCUUUUUGGCCUUUUUUUGUUUAACGUUAUUGAAUAGACAAUCACUGUCACAAGGGCUUUUGUUUCCCUGGAAUGUGUUUGAUUUUUUUUAUUUUUCGUUUUUAUUAUUUCAUGAAAAAAAAAUUACCUAAAGACUAAACGAAUGGCUCUGUGUGUGCCGGGCAUUUUACUGUCAGUGUCAACACAAAUGCACUGGACUGCCUUUAUGGCAUCUCAUGAAAUGCCUUUUGACCCAUGCCUUCCGUAACACAUCAUUUCAGUUGGUUUGCGUAAUGACAGAGUAUGACGAGCCCUGACACUGAUUAUCUUUCCACCCGUUUGUUAGCAACAGCAUUGAACCACAGCUGCACCAUAGUAUGUUGUGGAAAAACAUCGCCCAGUGUGUCCUUUAUGCGCUGCGGCAUUAUCAAUGACCAGGGUGUUGAUAUCCCUUAUUGAAGCAAAUAGGGCUAAGAGGAAAAGGAGAGGGAUCUUUGCUUAGGCCAAUACCUGUUGUUUAGAUUUCAGGAAUAGCAGAAAUCCAAAUAUGUGCUUUUUUGGUGUUCAUUAUUUUGUCUCCUCAUCCCAUUUCUGGUACUAAGCAUACUAAAGAUGAUUGUAUCGGACCACUAGAGCUGUUUGUGACUUUUAGAUGUUAUAUCUAUGCUAUUAUGUCGUCUUUUUUUUUUUUUAAACCAUCUGCUGGUGGUUAAAUUACACUGAGUAAGAUUGUUUUCAUUGGCGUGAUAACUUCAUAUCCACUGGUAAUGAAGUGGCACAAUUGCACACAUUAGUUGACUGGAUGAGAGAUGAGGACCUAGACUAGGCUUUGUUGUUAAAUACCCCUGCGAAAAAGUCUUCACGUUAUUGUAUUUUACUUGACUUGACUAAAACUGACAUUAAGUCCAUUUCAGAGCAGUGAUUUCUCAGAGUUAGUGUCGUAGAUUUGUAGUUGGAAAUUCAAUUGACCUCCAUAACUGACUGAAAUGAAAUGGAACUAAUUGGUGACCCCCAGCCUUUGGUCUCUUCAGGAGAACCGUUAUAUUAUUGUUAGUAUUAGGGAUAGGUACAUAGGUUUUUUUUUUUUUGUAAUCUCAGGAUCUGUGCUGAAGCAGCAGGCAGAAUUUAUUAAUCCAAUCAGAUCUCAGCAAGAUGAUUAUGUCUACAUUUUUUUUGAUGGGAUGUUCCAUAAUUUAAUUCCUUUUUAACCCUAAUCCCACAGCACUUAAUUAGAUAGUCAAGCACGCACUUUAGUACAUUCAGGUUCUAAGUGUGCAAAAGAGCAGAUGUAAUGUAUGUACUUAUGUUUACAUGCAUGUGUGUUGCUGCUGAAUACAGGAAGGUAGGGUUGCAAAAAGACAAGCAAAGGCUGCAACAAAAUUGUUCUCUAACAAUGCAUUAUUUAAAAAAAUAAGUGUCUCUAAGCACUUCGGGACAGUGUCCACUGCCCACUGACUUUUCUUUUGUUAUCUUUUUCUGGGCAACUGGCCCAACAAAGUGACAAGGUUACAUUACCCAGCCUACUGUUAAUAAUACAGACUCUGGCCUAAGUCACUUAAAGUCAGUCCAGUGAUUCAACAGACACCUCAGGCAGGCUCCUCAAAAUACUCUACAUACACUCUCUGCCAUCUGUAGGUGCUGUCAGACCGGUCUGUUCAGGCAGGGAUUCUUUUUCUCUUGUGAUGUCCUUAUCUGACCAGUAAAUGGAGCCAUUGCCCCUUUGCAACUAUACAAGUUGUAACUGAAAUCCUUUUGUUGUAUCACAGUAUUCUUAUACAUGCUUUUUUUUUAUUUGUGUGUACCAGUGAUAACUGAGUGAUUGUGCAUGGAGCCAGAUCACAAUUUUGAUAUAGUUAACAAUUAAACAAAUGGAGCAUAUACAAUAUAUCUGGAGUCGGAAAGCAAUGAAAGGUCCAAUUGUAGCAAUAGAGCGUGUGUGUAAUAGUGUGCAGCACAAAUAUUGCACUGCCAUCCAUUUAGGCCAAUUCAGUAAAUCAUAGCAUAAAUGCCAAUGGAAGAUUUUAAAUGCGGGUUAGAUUGUUAUAAUCUUUGGUCACAAAUAAGGCCUGUUUGCCAAAACAUGUCGAGAGGGGAAAACCUCUUAGUAAAGCAGCAAUGGAUUUAUGCAUAUGUUCAAGCAGUUUACAGUCUGACCAUCAAAUCUGAGCCAUGAAUUUUUCUGACUGAAAUGAAUGUAGGGUCAGUUUAGAGCAGGACAAUUUGCUUUCUCCCGACUUUAAACUGUUGCUCUUCAUUUGUCUUGCGUAGAUAUGAUUAUACAGGUAGCAUGUAAUAACCUAAUUCUCUACAUAUUAUACAGUAUGUGUAGUAGUCUUCCUGCAUUGAGGGUCUGGAUAGGGUUUUCUUUUCUCUUUUUUCUUUUUGGCAUUAUUGUUGGAGUAUAGGCCUGCUGUGGUGUAAUAUCAUUCUUCUUUCUCUAUACAUAUAUUUGUGUGGAGUGUAGCCUACAAGGUAAACAGAGGACAAGAGUUCAGAUGAAUUUAACAUUCAUGUUCAUCCAUUCCAUUGAGAUUGCCUUACAGUACAGUAAAACGAGAGGGACAUAAAAGGUCUACAGUAGAUAUGAUCACACAUACUCGUAAAUAGCCUAUAUUUGACAAAAAUGCACCUAAGCUACACCCAUUUAGUGCCAUAGAAACCUUUAUUUGCCUUUAGACAUAAAUCAUAUUUACUUGGUCAGUAACUUAUUCAGAAGUAGGCAGGAUUAUUACAGUUUUGUGUUGAGCUGCAUGUCUUUUCACCAAUUAUAUUAGUCAAAGAAAAACUAUAUAAAUAUUUGCAUGGGAUAUUAGUACUUAAAUGCAAGUAUUCUGUUAAAAUUUGGUGUCAGUAGAAGUCUAUUUUAUAAUUGGACAUUUUUGGAGAACAUAGUUAGUCCCUUUGGUAUUGGCAAAGCAAUCCCUAGGUUGUGUGUUUGUUUAACAAGAUGGUUUAUAAUGUGUGUGUUACCAGGAUUUAAAAAAAAAAGUUUUUUGAUGUCCAAAAAAAGCAUGGUAUAUACAGUAUAGAAUUGAUUUGCCUCAAUGGAUGUCUCGGUUCUUACUUGAAGUAAAUGGCAAAUUUCAAUUCAACUCUCUGAUCCACUGUUGAGCCUUUUGCCUUAAAAGCUGAAAAUGGAAAUGAUACCUGGCAGUACCUGAUAAGUUGCAUCACCUGUAGAGUUAUGCUACUUGGUUGGAUUGCUAAAAAAAAUUUUUUUGGCUAAUUUUGGUCUUACAGACAUCUGUGGGUGUCGAGAAGCACACAAAUCAAUUGAGGUAGCACAUAGCUCAAGGUUGCCAUGGUGCAGAGAUUGUUGUGAGAGGUUAGGAUAUCGCCAUAUUUGCCACUGUGAAUGAAUGAAUUCAGAAUUCACUCGUAAACAAUCAACUUUGGCUUCUCUGUUAUCCAGAGCCAAAUGACACUGGGGAUAAAAGUGGUGUACCUCAAAAAAAAAAAAAAAAAAAAACUUCAGACGGAUAAAGGAAAUUCUGGUGAAUAAUGCUUGUACAGCUAUGCUAACAAAGAGUUAAAAUCUUGUGAUCCAUCUUGUCGUGGGUAGUGUAAUUCUGCUUAAACCAGCCUAAAUCAGAGAUGUAUCUACGCGGAAGUGUUAGAUUAGUGUUGGCAGAUGUCUCAUGUUUCCUACCUUACAAAGGGGCAGCCAACUGCACCUUGUACUUUUUAUUGGACCUGCAGUUUUACCUCAUCAGUGAUCUUUUGUGUGACGACGCUGACAUUGAUCCUCUGUGAUUUCUUCUUGCUUUUCCUGAUGCCAGUCGUGUAGAUUUCUCUUAUAGUGUGUGCGCGCGCGCGUGUGUGUGACAGUAACUUUUCAAUAUAUGCAUGUCAAACCUAAACAUGCACAAGUCCCUUUUUUUUAAAGAACAGAAAAUCAUAGUUUCCCUGUUUGAACAUGUUUCUCUUCAUUAUAACCAACAGAUGAGUCUGUUACCUGGUGCAAGUCAUAUAGGGUGAAGGGUACAGUCUAAUUUAAGGUAGGAAAUGAAGGUAGCUAUAAAACUUUACCUCUCUCAGUCAAAACAAUACAAUUUUACUGUAUGACUAAUGCUAGUUUGACCACUUUCCCUGCCUCAACACUUGGUUAUUAAUCCCCCCCCUCCCACCAAUAGGACCUGUGUAAUAUCGAGCACAGUGGUGGCAUGGUGCCUUUUAUUUGUUACUACCGAAAGGUACGGUCUUCCAUUUGUAUUUCCCAGAAGCCUUAUAAUGGGAAAAAGAAAUUACACUGAACAUACAGGACUACAGUAGAUAGGCUCACACACCCUCUGAGCAUGAUUAUCUCAACCCUAUGUGAUCUGAGUGAUUUUAAAAAACAAGAAAAAGCCUAAAUAACUCCUGUAUAACUGUAGUAGUCUGGAUUCCAUGAUGUAUUUCCAGUGACUGAGUGGCAGAAUAAGGUGCACAUAACCGAUGCAAUUUAGGGCACAUCAAACAUUGAAUGGAUGGAGAUCAGUUGUACGAAAGCACAAAUCCCAAAGAAGGCACCUCGGGGCUCAGUUUGUCUCUCCCUAACACCACGGAGAGAAGGAGCCUGUAGACCAAAAUUUCGGCAAAGUGAAAUGUGAGGGGGACAAAAACAUCCGACUCCUCUUGAGUGCAGAAAAGUUUGAAAAGAGGUUUGAUUGUCAGUAACACAUUAACUGUAGAAAGACCAUCGUCUCAGAGCUUCUUCUGAUUGUUCUUCUCAACUCUUUUUGGUAUUCAUCGACGACUAUUAACUUCACAAUUCUGAAAACCAGAGUUGUGAAAUGAUGCGGUACCUGCGUUCAAGAUCAAGUUUAGGCAAACUGUUGUGACUGUGUUGCGAAUUGAUUGUGGAGAUUGUUUUGUGUUAUUUAGGAUAGACUGACUACAAGUAGGGUUGCAGUAGUAGCUGUGUGCAGUGUUAAUAACCGUGUGAUCAUACUAUAGAAGUGACGUAACAUUUGUUGUCUUACUACGACAUUAAGGCAUGAAUCAUCUUCUCUCAAGCUGACCUCGUUUGAAAUAGACAAAAGAUAAAAAGUGCAAUAACCUUUUGUUUAUCAUUGCUUCCUCAGUUGAAAAAUAAUUAUUUAAUAUGCCCUUUUUGUUAACACCGAAAGUCACUCGUCUGUAGCAAAUGAAGGAUUUCAAGUGGUCCUCUUGUUUGUAUUCAGAGAGGUGGCAUUUGAUAGUGGAGUGUGUGAUAUUCCAUUCUUAAAACUGUGAUCAAUAUCCAACUUUUAAAGCUGCCUGCUCGGAGAAAAGGACCGCGCACAAGUUGAGCGAUAGAUUUUGAGUAGGUGCAUUUUUUUUUCCUCCUCCUCCUUCUUAUGGAUGGUAUUGUAGUCUGGACUUCUGGUUUAUAGUCGGUAGACAUGUUCAUUUGCAUGUGUAGAUGUGUAUAUGCAUCCUCUUCCUCCUUGAAUGAAAUGUUUUCUCAAAAAUAUUUAGACCUGCUGUCAGUGAUGUAUGCGGAUAAAAGGAAAUAUGAAAUGCCUUAUAUUUGUUUUCAAUGUUAAGCAUUAAGGGUUCUUAUGUGUCCCUCCCUUUUCAGCGUGUAGCCUAAAGCUUGUACAGUUAAGAUACUCAUGAGAUUUAUAUCUACUGUAUAGCCUAUGUGUUUUCAGAAUUUGUUACUUGGAGGUCCUGUGAUUGUGGUUUUAGAGAAACAUUCCCCUUGAAAGUGCCGUUUGUUUUCACCAGCAGAAGAUGUGUCUUUGGGGGGUGGGGGUGGGGUGGGGUAUGUAUUUACAGAAGGAAAACAAAUGUUCAAAAACACUUUCCGGUGUUUACUGUUUGAACCUGUUGAAACUGAAUGACACAAAAGUAUUUGUGCAGGUGAAAUAAGGCAGCAAUCUUCUGACGGAGCACCUUAUCGACUUGCUCCUUCUGUGAGCCCACGAUGGAAGUAGUCUCACACCAAGCUUGAUUACUCUAAAGCAGAGCCAUAUCAGAGAAUUUGCCCAUUAGGAGCCCCCUUGAAUGUGCUAUUAGGAAUAGCCUCCUGUAGGAAAGGAUGUAUACUGCAUGUUCUGUGACAUUUUAGUAGUGACAUUUUCAUGUUUUUAUGUUUAGUCCGCUUCACUGUAGAUGUUGCCACCUCAUUGCAACUCACAAGCUAUUAACAAUCCUCUCACAACUGGACUUAAAGCAGGCAUUGAUCUGCUGCUGAGGCAGCCUUAAUUCAUUGCAAAUUAAAAAAAAAAAAAGUUGAUCGAUAAUGGGUUGCCUGUUUUACUUUGAGUGGCUUAUCUGGGGAAAUACAAAGGAGCCCUUAUCACGAGUAGAAGGACUCUGUAUCAGGGCAUGUGAUGAGUUACAAUCAAAUAGUUUCACAGUGCACCUUCACAACAAAAAAAUAAAAACAAAAAAAAAGUUGGCUCGUCCACCCAACAUUCCAAAGUUGAUUUCAUUUUCCACAGUCCUGUCCCGCUGAUUGAGGAAAUCUUUUUUGCUUUGCUGGUGAAUGAAGUGGGCAUGUGUGUCAAUGACAGGGUUCCCUAUUUAGCCUAACGCUGAUUACCUCAUUUACAAAUCUGCAAAUAUACUACUCUACUGUGUGUGUAAAAGGAGUCAAUGCCAUCACCAGCAGCGUGGUCUCUAGACCUGUGAUGACAACAGGACCAAUGUUGAAAAUUAGCCAAUUUAAAACACGACCAGUCUGGAAAUAUAGGGUUAAGACACGAUUUAAAAAUUCUUUUGCAGGGCCGAGUGGGGCCUUUAAGAUUUAUUCGGUUAGUAAGCAGCUGCUACCCCGAUCGGCAUCAGGAGCUAUCAGGAAAAAGCAGCAGGUGCAAUUUUGAGAUUUAUUGUGCGGCAUCAUAAUUUGGUGGUCCAACCAAUAAUCCCUGAGAUAAAGGUGAACAGUUGUUAUACAGCGCUCCUGAAACGUUGACUGGACUAGCAGCUGUUGGCACUAGCAUGGUUCAAAGAAGUCGAGCUGACGCCUGGUGUAUCUCACGAUUAUUUAAGUGAACGAUCAUCUUAGCAUCACUUGCUGUUUUUUCAGUAGCAUUUCUCCUACCUCCUUGUUUUGCAGCCUUGAGUAUUGUUUGUCUCUCCACCUGUACUGACUUUAAAAAAAAAAAAAAAAACGUGUAUCACAGUGCAGGAAUACAGAUUUAUCAUAAGCAAUGGUAGUUAUACAUUAAAAAAAAAAAGUGUGCUUGGUUGUGCUGUAUGUGUAUAUGUCUAUUUGACGUUGAAAAAAAUAUUUAUGAGAAGCAUUUAUACGACAAAAUACCACUGGAAUGUGAAGCCAGACAAUGUUAUGAUGCAGAUUAUGAUGAUAGUCUAUCCCCCUUUAACAUUCAGUGGCGAAUGGUCAGAGGAAUCAUCUUUUAGAAAAUGAAUAACCAUGCAUUGGCUUUUUUUUAACACCAUGUAUUUCUUUGGUUUCCUCUUUGUGCGUAUACUUCCCUAUCUAGCUCGAUUAGUACACUCUAUUUCAACGUUUACAGCUUCAUUCUGGGUCAGCCGUCGAUUGCCCUGCAGUUGUUAAUGAUACCACAGGUACCACAGGUUGUCACAAGAAAGAUAGUAAUAGGUGGAUUUGUAAUUCUGUACCGAGGGUGAGUUUGAGCCCCUCGAGCCGUAUGCCUUCGAAUCCAUCUGUCCACUCUGAACCAAAUUCUGCUACAUAGGCAUCUGUCUCCACACUGCCCCGACAUUUUACAUUCAGUUUGACUACAAGGGGUACAGGUCAAGGUGAAAGGUUUGAGGUUUUUCUGACAAGGCCCUCCCUACCCACCCAACGCACCCAUGCCCUACUCCCCCACCACCCCACCCCACCCCACACCACACCACACCCCACCCCACACCACACUGUCUCACCUAAACCUCAAGCCAUUCAUUUUUUUGUUUUGUUUUGUUUUGUUUUUUUCGACAAUGCAAUCCUGAAAGCACUUUGCCUUGUUAUUCCUUUGUGUGAACAUGUGAAUGAUAAUUUGUUACAAAAAUGUUAAAUAUGUAAAAGAUCAUUCACUGUUUUGGAAAAACCUGCAUCUGUCUUUCUGACAUUAAAAGAAAAAAAAAAAACAAUUUAGUGACAUUAAACCUGAAUCUAUUUUAUAAAAUGUUUGCUGCAGCCAAUUGGUCUUGUCAUUCAGUAUUGUGGCUUAGGGUUGUUUGUGUUCAAUAAAGUGCUAUUGCUAAAUA